AUAUUCUUGCACAAGAUGGGAAUCAAACUAAAGCCCCCUGUUUUCUCUCUCUUUCUCUCUCGCUCUAUAUAUAAUAUGUAAAUUACUAUUUCGAUCCACGGAGAGGGAGAAAAUCAUUCGAAUAGCAAAUGCACGGAUUCAUUGCUUCGUCGCCGCAAUCGAAUUCACGUAGAUAUACAUAUAUCGCUGCGCGUAUAUAGAGAAGUAAGAACCCUAGGUUGUUGAAUCGGUUGAAUUGAAUCCCAUGCAUUGGUCUCUGAGAAGGCCGGGAACGACCAAUUCAACGGAAUCGGAGUCGUCGGCUUGGCGGUGGAUCUGAUGGUGAGAGUUUUGGGGUCGGGUUCGGAAGGGAAUUGGCGCAGUCGCGGUGAUUCUAGGGUUUUGAGGAGGCGACGAUGCAGGUUCACGUCUCACCUAGCAUGAGAAGCAUAACGAUAUCGAGCAGCAAUGGCUUUGUUGACUUGAUGAAGAUCAAGAUCGCAGCUCGCCACAUCUCCUACCGCACACUCUUUCACACGAUCCUUAUCCUAGCUUUUCUCUUGCCUUUUGUCUUCAUUCUCACUGCCCUUGUUACCCUUGAAGGUGUCAACAAUUGCUCCUCGUUCGAUUGUUUAGGCCGGCGGUUGGGGCCAAGGCUUCUUGGUAGGGUCGAUAACUCAGGGAAGUUGGUUAGAGAAUUUUACAAAGUCCUCAAUCAAGUGAGCUCUGAGGAAAUCCCAGUCGAUUUAAAGCUGCCAGAGUCCUUUAGUGAACUUGUUUCUGAAAUGGAAAACAAGAAGUACAGCGCAAAGGAAUUUGCAAUAAUCUUGAAGGGAAUGAUGGAGAGGUCUGAGAGAGAGAUCAGGGAGUCAAAAUUUUCCGAAUUAAUGAACAAACACUUUGCUGCAAGCGCCAUUCCUAAAGGCAUCCACUGUCUCUCUCUUCGUUUGACUGAUGAGUAUUCAUCUAAUGCUCAUGCUCGCAGACAAUUGCCUUCACCGGAAUUACUGCCUUUGCUUUCUGACAACUCAUACUACCACUUUGUAGUAUCAACUGAUAAUAUACUUGCAGCUUCAGUUGUGGUCACAUCUACUGUCCAGUCAUUUCGAAGGCCUGAAAAGAUAGUGUUUCAUGUUAUAACUGACAAGAAAACUUAUGCUGGCAUGCACUCGUGGUUUGCCCUGAAUCUUGUCUCGCCAGCUCUUGUUGAAGUAAAAGGUGUUCAUCAGUUUGACUGGUUAACAAAAGAGAAUGUGCCAGUGCUUGAAGCUGUAGAAAGUCAUUAUGGGAUUAGGAACUACUAUCAUGGGAAUCACAUUGCUGGGGCCAACCUCAGUGAAAUUACUCCACGAACCUUUGCUUCAAAAUUGCAGGCUAGAAGCCCAAAGUACAUUUCUUUGCUCAACCAUAUUCGCAUAUAUUUACCAGAGCUAUUUCCCAACCUUGACAAGGUGGUGUUCUUAGAUGAUGAUAUUGUAGUUCAGCGUGACCUCUCCCCACUCUGGGAUAUUGACCUUGGUGGAAAGGUUAAUGGAGCUGUAGAAACUUGCAAGGGUGAGGAUGAGUGGGUAAUGUCUAAGCGAUUCAGGAACUACUUCAAUUUUUCACAUCCCCUGAUAGCAGAGAAUUUGAACCCUGAUGAAUGUGCAUGGGCUUAUGGAAUGAACAUCUUUGAUUUACGUGCAUGGAGAAAGACAAAUAUAAGAGAGACUUAUCAUGCCUGGCUGAGAGAGAAUCUGAAGUCAAACUUGACAUUGUGGAAGCUGGGAACUCUUCCGCCAGCUCUGAUUGCUUUUGAGGGCCAUGUUCAGGCUAUUGAUCCAUCUUGGCAUAUGCUUGGUUUGGGCUACCAGAACAAAACCAAUAUUGAGAAUGUAAAAAGAGCUGCAGUGAUCCACUACAAUGGCCAGUCAAAACCAUGGCUGGAGAUAGGUUUCGAGCAUCUCCGGCCAUUUUGGACCAAGUAUGUUAACUACUCCAACGAUUUUAUUAUGAACUGUCACAUUUUGCAAUAGUCGUCCAACUUGAGAAGCUGAAGUGUGAGAGGUGGGACAGAAACGAAAGCAAUGUGGGGUUCGGGCCAACUCCUUUUGGAGCAUGACUGAUAUGUUGAUAUUCAUUGGGAAGAAAGUAAAAUUGGCCAAAAUGGCUGUAUGAUGCUCAAGAUCCACUCAGCUGCCCUGCUUCACUAGCAUGGAAAUGCGGUUCAUUCUUUGUCUGUAACAUAGCUAUUCAUUGUCGUGUAUUUUUUUGGUCAGGAAACGGAUAACACCUGUUUUGGUCUUCUUGAGGGCGUCUUGCCUAUUUCUUAGUGCAAAUAAUGUGGAACAUACAUGAGAAAACAUGCCUACUCAGAUGCCUUAGCCAUAGAAACUGCUACACAGGAGAAGAAAGUUAGGAGCCAACAGUUUGGAGGAUGCCAUAUAAGCUUCAUUAGUCUCAAAGAUGUAUUUUUUUUUCUUUGUAUUCUAUUUUGUUCAUCGCCUCAAUGCUGUUUCGUCCAUUGUUUUUGGGUUUGGGAUCAUGAAAAUCAAUUUUAGAUGAUAGGUCUGGGAGAUUGGUACAUUACAGGUCACUGUUUUGAGUUAGGUUACGUAUUGUUUUGUGCUACUCAUGAGAAUAUUUGAAAUGGAAGAUUCUUUUACCAUUUGUUUC